GGAGAGUGGAUAAAUUCUACUUGCCAAAAUGCCGCCAUUUAAAAUUUUGUUUGGGCCUUUGACAUUGGAUAUUGGAAUUGGAAAAUUGUUGCAAAAGUGCGAAGCGAAAGCGCAAAAACCACAAUCCUUGUUUUUCUUCACCAAUAAUCUCCCAAAAAAAUACUAACAACAACCGAAAACUUAAAACAAUCCAAUCUAAACAAAACCUAAUUCAACAAUUCAAUAAUUUAAAACAUUUGUGGAUAGAAAUUUAUUGUUUUAUUCUGGCUAACAAUUCGGUAAAAAUUGAAAACUUUUGGAGACUCGGAAAACGUGAUACAAACUUUAAGGUGAUGCUUGGUGGCAGCGCUGAUCGGUUAUGCACGCCAAGCACGUCGGCUGGACCAUUUCGAAUAUUUGCUGUUUCUGGAUUUCAAAAUCGCACCAAUGAUAUUGUUUAUUGUCCACCAAUUAUACGACAAUCAACUCAAAAUGUCGAAGAUUCAACAGCGAUUGUAUAUUUUGGUGGUGAUGUUCAGGAUUUUCCGGAAAGCAUGGAGACAAAUAGAGACAGUAGGGGUUACAUGAAGUAUAAUCUAGAAAAUUCAGCUAUUUUAUUGCGGGAAGCUUUUCCCAAAUCGCACAUUAUUGUUAUACGUCCGGUGAGGAUGGAAUUUAAAACAUUUAGCUGCUUUGAUAAUUUUGUACGUGGAAAUAACGCUGGGGUACCAGACCAUACUCCUAUGAAUCAUGCACUCCAACAUUUAGAAAGACUCCUGCAAAAUCUCUCUCAACGUUUAAUUUCAAUACCAGAAAGUGAAAUAUUGGCACAAGUGACAGCGGCAGCAGCAGCAGCUGCCGCAGCAGUCUCAGCAACAUCACCAACAGCAGCCACUACAACAAUAACAACAUCAUCCACAGACAACACAUCGCUUUGCAACAAUGACAGCAGCCAAGAAAUGGACAUUGAUAUCUUGCAGGUACAAGAAAAUGUAACUGUUGACAGUGACGGUGCCAUGGUGUUCCCAUGUGGCGGCGGCGCCGGCGGCAAUGACGUCAUAAAUGCUCCUCCUUGCACAAACGACGAAACAUCACAAAAUACCAAUUCCCCAUCAUCAAUAUUACAUUCGACUGAUGCUCAAGAAGAACAACCGCCGCAACAGCAGCCGCAAGCGCAACCGCCACCGACAUCUGCUGCUUCGGCGGCGGCGGGUUUUAAUAAUACAACUGGCGUAGGAGGAGUAGUAGCCAAUGAAUGUCAUUUGCAAAAUAGUCUUCUUCAAGCAUCCAUUGCCCAUGCCCAUCAUCAACAACAGCAGCAAAGAAACCCUCUGUGGUGGCGUGAAAAUCUCAAUCUAGAUAAAUCAAAACUGAUACUAAUUGGCUUUAGUAAAGGAUGUGUUGUGCUCAAUCAAUUUAUCUAUGAAUUCCAUUAUUUGAAGACGCUUACUCCUGACGAUAGUACUAUGAUUCGUCUUUUGUCACGCAUCAAAGAUAUGUACUGGCUAGAUGGAGGGCAUGGAGGUCAGAAGAACACAUGGAUUACAUCGAGGAGUUUACUAGAAACUUUAACUAGAAUGGGAAUGAAUAUUCAUGUUCAUCUCACGCCAUACCAAGUUCAAGAUGACCGAAGACCCUGGAUUCGAAAAGAAGAAAAAAUAUUCACAGACAUGCUGCGUCGCUUGGGUGCACCCAUCACACGCCGCCUUCACUACGAGAGCCAAACGGCUAACUUAAUGACACACUUCGAAGUCCUGCAAGCAUUUUGUCAGCACAUUCAUGAUUUUAGCCAACAACAGCAACAUGACCAACAACAACAGCAACAGCAGCAACCCCACAUCCAUCACCAACAGCAAAUCAAUGUCAACAAAAGUGGAGGAGAAAACUCCUUGGACGAAAAGUGACAACGACGACGAAUGAGUCUUAAAAAAUCUCCUAAAUCAUCAUCUUUCUACACAACAGCGGGGGCUGCUGCUGCGGCUGCAGCAGCGGCGGCAGCUUCUUCCUCUUCUUCGUUGUCAUCUUCUGCAUCACCUUCAUCAUCAUCUUCGUCUUCAUCGUCGUCGUCAUCGUCUUCAUCUGUACAUAGUCAUCAAUAUAGGUCUAAACGUAAGAUACAUAAAUUAUAUUAUACUCUAUGCGGUUAGUAUGUCAUGUUGUUUAUUUUUUGAAUUAAUUAAUAUGUCUCCUUUUUUAUAUAAAUUUUUUUAAGAUUCUAAGAAAAUUGAAGUAUUAGUAUUAAAUGUGUUUGUACUUUUAAUUGUAUAUCUGUACAUUUAGUGCUUUGAAAACUUAACGCACUAAAUUUUCGUGUAUCCCAAACACUUAAGAUAAUUCUAAUACCAUAAUUAUUAACCGGUACUAGCAGUGCAAUAAAAUUAUCGGUGUUUAUACUCUUCGUAUUAGCAAAUUAAAACAAAACUUAAACAACAAAAUAGCCGUGAGUUUAGUCUUCAAAAAACAAAGAAAAAACUAUAAAAUUCACUCCCAACAAAAAUUUGAUUCCUUUAUCAAUAGCAUUUAAAUGACUGUUGCAUGUUUAAAAAAUAGAAACAUUUUAUUCACAGAAAGUUGUAAUAAAACUUAUAGUGAUUCGAUUUAAUUUAGUUAUAAUUUUGUUGUCAUAAUAUUCACAUUAAUUUAAAAAAAAUAUUAAAAAUAAUUUUAAUCUGAACUUUUCAUGGUUUUUAUUUUAUUCUAGAAUAAAAGUUUAUUUUAUUCUUUGAUAUUUUUAAAAAUCAUUAAAACAAAUAAGGUUUUUGUGUACACACGCGUAUGCAUGGCUCAAAAUUUUACUCUAGUUCUAGUAAUUUUAUCGAAAAGCAAAUUUAAACGUUCUUUGCUCAAAGUGAAUUCGUGUUGUGAUUCUUUUUUAGCUCAGAUUAAUCAGAGUCCUCAUCUUUCUUUUUCAAAUCAGAGUAAAUUGGGGAGUUGGGUUUCUUAAUUAUUUUGGAGGCGAUCGUUUUUGAAAAGUCCAUUAUCUUCCACUUUUCUUUCGAAGUUUAAAACUAAGGUAUACAAAUGAGGGCCACAAUCUUCUAGAAAUUUAGUUUCCAUUUCAAAUAAAUUGUCCGGGAUUAUUUCGACAUUGUUUUCACGUUACAAAAAAAUUGAAGAUAGAAACAAAUCUGUGGGAAAUUGUAUUUACUAUAGCUUUUCAGAAAUUUACUUGCAAAGCUCAAAUUUAAGCUCAAAAUUUCCUUGCAAAGCACAAAUUCUAUUUGGCUCAAAUAGAGUUUAAAAAAACGCUUUGACAUCUUGGAGUAAUUUUGUUUCUCUUCAAACACAGUUGUUGUAUUUUAGUCAAAAUAAAAAUCAACCAAUUUUUGAGAAGAAAUCUUAUAUAACUUCAUUUUUAAAACCAACAAAAUUCGCCACAACGUGACAAGGAUACCUUUUAAGUUCGUAUCAGUGUUUGUAGCUGUUCUCCAAUCGCCGAAAAGGCACUUUUGCAUUGUCAUUGUCCGUUAAUAUUUGUAAUUCUGUUAAAGUUCGUGUCUUCUUUGGUUCCUUUGUUAAAUUCGUAAUCACUCCUAAAGUCAUGUAUUAUUUCACAAAAACCUUAUCAUUUCAAAAGAGUUUUUAAAUUAUUUUUUUGACAUUUUUCAUAUUUAUCAUAAUUAGUUUUGAAUCUUGGACUUAUUUUUAACUACUGUGAAUAUUUUAAACUUUGAUAUUUUAUCCCUCCAACCAGUUGUAAACAUUUCAAGGUAAAACAGUUUUAUUUUAUUAAUAACAAUAAAAACUUUAUACAAUUUUUUAUAAAUUCCAUUUUCAAAAAACAAGUAUUUUCGGCCGUAUUAAAAAAAAGUCACUCAUCCGGUUAACUUUUCAUUUUAAGCAAUUAGUAAUUAUGUAAUUUCUUAUAAAUAAUAGUUAGUUAGAUUUUAAGAAUUAUUCUAGACUUAAAAAUAAAUAAAAAAAAGAAAAUAAAAAUUAGAAAAACAAAAAUCUAAUUUAAUUUUAAAAUCAGACGAAAAUAUUUACAUAUUUAAAGAACAAAAAAUUAAUAAAAAUAAAAAUAAAAUAAAAUUAAAAGUAAUGAAAAUAUUUAAAGAAAAAAUAACCAAUUUAUGAACAAGAAAUAAAACGUGUUUGUUGAUGUACCUUUCGAAUUGCAGUUCAAAAUUGCUUUCUUAUUUCCUUGUAACAAAUUUACUGAUUCAUUUAAAUUGGAAUAAAAAUACAAAAACAAAAAAACAUAAGUGUAUUCAAUUUUUGUAAAAAAAAAAACAAGAAAAUAAACAAUACUAACCGUUCUCUUGUUUACAGAAAUGUAUCUAAAAAAACAAAAAUUAAAGUAAAGUAUGCACACAAAAUCUAUCAGCUUAGAAUUAGUUUGAAUAUUGAAUUAAAAUCUAAUAUAUUAUAUAAAUUUAUAUAUAUAUAUUAUAUAUAUAUAUAAAAAAGGCGUUUACAUCAAAACUAUUUGCAAUUGUAUUAAACAUUAAUAAAUAUUGCAUAUAAAUAUA